CAGCUACAAAUCUAUAAGACUAUAACUAUUGACUAUAUCCAGGCCAACAAGCCAUCCAGCGCCAGUCUCUUCAAGCGCCGCCAUCAAACUACAACAAAAAUGUCCUGUGGUGAUUUCAUCCUUCUGGUCAUCAGUUUGAUAUUCCCUCCACUUCCUGUCGCCAUCAAGCGCGGCCUCUGCUCCGUUGAUCUCCUCAUCAACCUACUCCUCUCCCUCCUCGGCUUCCUCCCGGGCCUCAUCCAUGCAUUCUACAUUGUGCUCAAGUAUCCAGAACACCUGAAUGGCGCGUCUGUCAGUGAUCUAGAGCAGCAGCGACAAAGCGGCGCACAUGUGCGUCAUGUCUAUCAGCCCGUCGUGUCAGGAUCUGCACAUACGCAUCAAGGACAGCCACAGCAGGUGCAUGGAAACAUGCAAGGUGUCUAUGGUACGCCUGGUGCACAACCAGCAAAGAAGCAGCAGCAGCAGCAACAGCCUGCGAAUUAUGGCGCAGUGCAAGGAUCGAGUAGUACGCAAGCGCCACCUGCUUACACGCCAGGCACGGAUAACGCACACUCUGCUGGUGAUCGCAAGACAUAAUCGUUUUAUAAACCUCGUUUCAAUCAUUUAUUCAUAAGAGAGCUUGC